UCUUGAGGAGUGGCGGAGAGCAGAGAGGGGAACGGAACGGCUCUUUGUAUGCGCGACAAUGUCCAACUGCAGCCUGUGCGUUUUAGCGCCAACCAGCUGAAUGAUGGCGAAUUGUGAGAGACAUGAGAGAAACAGAGAGAGAGAAAGAGAGAGAGAGAGAAACAGACAGACAGUCAGGGGACGGGGUUACAUUAGAUACAUCGUGUCUGUUUAACUUGUAGCGGGCUCCGGAGAGAAAGGGCGGAGAGCAACAAAUAAGGAUACAUUUUCAGUGUUUAUGAGGAGGAGACGAGUCAGGACCCCAGCAUCAACCACAGCGGAGAGAGCAUCGCGGCGGGUCCCCAGUAUCAACCCUUCACCAGCCGAGAGAGCAUCGAGGCGGAGCACCGCGGCAGGGAGAGCGGCUUCAGGGCUCCGCCCUCUUCCUCCACCAUGACGGUUGCUACAGGUGACCUGGGGGACGAGGCGGCGGCCCAUCCCGGUGACCCGUACGAACCAGAACCGGACUACGAGUGCUGUGAGCGCGUGGUCGUCAACAUCUCUGGGCUGCGCUUCGAGACUCAACUGAAGACCCUCUCCCAGUUCCCUGAGACUCUGCUGGGGGACCCCAAGAAGAGAAUGAGGUACUUUGACCCUCUGAGGAACGAGUAUUUCUUCGACAGGAACCGGCCCAGCUUCGACGCCAUCCUCUACUACUACCAGUCAGGCGGGAGACUGCGUCGGCCGGUGAACGUCACUCUAGACAUCUUCUCUGAGGAGAUCCGCUUCUACGAGCUGGGAGAGGAGGCCAUCGAGAUCUUCAGGGAGGAUGAGGGCUUCAUCAAGGAGGAAGAGCGACCUCUUCCAGAGAACGAGUUCCAGAGACAGGUGUGGCUGCUGUUUGAGUAUCCGGAGAGUUCCGGCGCGGCCCGUAUCAUCGCCAUCAUCAGCGUCAUGGUGAUCCUGAUCUCUAUCGUGUCCUUCUGCCUGGAGACACUCCCCGUGUUCCGGAACGACGAAGAGGACGAUGGCAACAAGGUGUUCCAGCCCUUCAACAACUCCACCUCUUCCUACACCUCUUCCUACUUCACUGAUCCCUUCUUCAUCCUGGAGACGCUCUGCAUCAUCUGGUUCUCCUUUGAGUUCCUCGUCCGCUUCUUCGCGUGUCCUAGUAAAGCCGGGUUCUUCGGUAACAUUAUGAAUAUCAUUGAUAUUGUGGCGAUUAUUCCAUAUUUCAUCACGUUGGGCACCGAGCUGGCAGAGAAACCGGAGGACGGGCAGGCUGGGCAGCAGGCCAUGUCCCUGGCCAUCCUCAGGGUCAUCCGUCUAGUCAGGGUAUUCAGGAUCUUCAAGCUGUCCAGACACUCCAAGGGGCUCCAGAUCCUGGGCCAGACCCUGAAGGCCAGCAUGCGGGAGCUGGGUCUGCUCAUCUUCUUCCUCUUCAUCGGAGUCAUCCUCUUCUCCAGCGCUGUCUACUUCGCCGAGGCCGACGAGGCGGACUCACAGUUCAGCAGCAUCCCAGAAGCCUUCUGGUGGGCCGUGGUUUCCAUGACCACCGUCGGCUACGGCGACAUGGUGCCCACCACCAUCGGUGGGAAGAUCGUGGGCUCUCUCUGUGCCAUCGCUGGCGUGCUGACCAUCGCCCUGCCCGUCCCUGUCAUCGUGUCCAACUUCAACUACUUCUACCACCGGGAGACGGAGGGCGAGGAGCAAGCGCAGUACCUGAACACUCCCGUUGCCCCCAAGGCCGACUCAGCCGAGGACCUGAAGAAGAGCGGCCGCAGCGGGAGUGGUUCCACCCUCAGUAAGUCAGACUACAUGGAGAUACAGGAAGCUGCACUGAACCACAGCACUGAGGACUUCAGAGCAGAGAGCCUCAAGACAGGAAACUGCACCCUGUUGGCUAAUGCAAAUCAGCAAGCUAAUUCUAACACAUUGGCUAACACCAACUACGUCAACGUCACCAAGAUGAGAACGGAUGUAUAGCCUCCUUCAGGCGUUACCACAGUGACUUCCUUGGCUGUAGAGGUGCAGGGGGACUGGAAGGAAAGAGUAGAGUGGGGAGAAGACUGAGGAAAACCCCCUCCUCUCUGAUGUUGAAAAGGCUUGGAGUCCCUACUGUGAGAGUACAGAAUGGUUCACAUAAACUCUGGUAAGAGCAGAGAUCCGGCAUCUCAUCCCCCCCAAAACAGAUCUGUUCCUAACUCAACCCCUUGCCCUUCCUUCUCCUGUUGGGAGUUGAAGCGUCCGUUCGGUGACUGCAUGGCGUUAGUCUGGGCUUUGUCACUGUUCAGCUGUCCAGUAGUCGUCUAUAGGCUCAGCUCUGCUCGCUGCAGUAGUCCAAUAGUAGCCAAACUGCCCACUGGUACUAGACUAUAUAAACACACUGACAGGAGAACGAGACCACACCCUUAUCUUGUUCCACACUCUGCUCAAACUGCCCGCUGGUACCGUCAGCACAGAUCUAGCAUCAGCCUGCCCUGAACAAAUCCUAGCCGUAACCAGUAGGAGAAAUACUGCAAAACUAACCUCAGAUCAGCGUCUCAUCUUAUAACUACUUCGCUCUAACUGCCAGCCUAUAGGAGCUUCUUAACUUCCUCUCUUCCACCCCGUACCCCCUGAACCUCUCUCCCACCCUUACCCCUGAACCUCUC